AUGGUUCUUUCAGCCAAGUUCAGGGAAUCAAUUGUUCAGCAGCUAAAAUCUGUUCUUGAUGACAAUCCUUAUUCUGUAUUUAUCAGAAGAUUAGCAGAUAUUAAAGACUUGGAUAGAUACAGAAUUUUUCUCAAGUCUAAUCCUGGACUGGAUCAACGUGUAUUCAACAUUCCUUCAGCAUCUCAAGUCGCAGCAAUUUGGUUGGAUAACGACACUCUUAAUGGAGACAGUUCAAGAGAAAUUGAAAUAUGUACAAGAACAAGAAACAGAAAAAUAGUCAAACAACAUUAUGGUUGUUAUGACACAUUACAAUACCCAUUGAUAUUUCCUUCUGGAGAGACUGGAUGGCAUCCUGGAAUCCUUAGAAAAACAAGAACUCAGAUUCUUCAGGACCCUCAUCAGACUUGUGAAAGAGAACAUUUGAUUUCUAUUAAUCAAUGCACUGAUAUAGAAGAAGUACUCACUGCAGAGCAAAUUGAGACAUCACGCCUUGAAUUUCACAGAAAUAAACAAAACAAAUUGAGGACAGAGGCUUAUCAGGGAUUACUAGAUGUCAUAGCAAAAGGUCACACAAAUGGAUCAGAUGUGGGAAAACGCAUUAUUUUGCCUGCAAGUUUUAUAGGAGGACCAAGAGAUAUGCGACGGCGAUAUAUGGAUGCCAUGACUCUGGUGCAACGUUAUGGAAAGCCAGAUAUCUUCCUCACAAUGACCUGCAAUCCAUCUUGGCCUGAAAUAAAGAACCAUUUGCUUGAAACAGAUGAGGCUCAGAACCAACCUGAUUUGAUUACACGAGUAUUUCGUGCAAAGAUAGAACAAUUGAAAGAAGAUCUUUUCAAGAAACAUCUUAUUGGUCAUGUUGCUGCUUACACAUAUGUUAUUGAAUUUCAAAAAAGAGGUUUGCCCCAUGCUCACUUCCUCAUCAUUCUAAAGCAACAAUCAAAGAUGUUUUCACCUGAAGAGUAUGACAAGAUCGUUUCUGCAGAGCUUCCUGAUAGGCACAAAUCACCAUACCUAUAUUCUCUGGUUAUAAAACACAUGCUUCAUGGACCUUGUGGAUCAAUGAAUCCAACUAAUCCCUGCAUGCGGCAAAAUCACAAGUGCAGAAAUAACUAUCCAAAGGAUUUCUCAGAGUAUACAAAGCAUGGAAAAAACUCUUAUCCUAUAUACAAGAGACAAGAUGAUGGCAGAAAAGUAUAUAUCAGAGAACACGAGCUAGAUAACCGAUGGAUUGUCCCUUACAACCUAUAUCUCCUUGCAAAAUAUGACUGUCACAUCAAUGUUGAAAUAUGUUCUGCUAUUGAAGCUGUGAAGUACAUCUAUAAAUAUAUAUACAAAGGUCAUGACAAAGUGAUGUAUCAGUUGACAGCAGAACAAGCAGAUAAGAUCAUUGAUGAAAUAAAAAAUUUCCAGUCUGCAAGAUGGGUAUGUGCUCCUGAAGCUAUGUGGAGGAUCUAUGCUUUUGAUCUCAAUGUUAUCAGUCCAUCAGUGAUUUUGCUUCAUCUCCACCUUCAAAACUGCCAAUCAAUGUGUUUCGAUGAGAGUCAGCCUUUAACAGAUGUAAUCCAGGAUGACAGACUUUCCCGAACAAUGUUGACAGAAUUUUUUUCAAUGAAUCGAACAAAUGAAAAUGCAGAAAAUCUUAACUUGCUAUACAAGGAAUUCCCUCAGCAUUUCGUAUGGGAUCAAGAUGACAGAAUAUGGUAUACCAGAAAACGAGGUCAAGUCAUUGGUCGUGUAAUAACAGCACAUCCAAUUGAAGGAGAAAGAUAUUAUCUGAGAAUGCUCCUCAUGCAUGUUCGGCGACCCACAUCCUUUGAUGAUCUAAAAACAGUCAAUGGUUAUCUAGCUUCCUCAUUUAAAGAAGCUGCAGAAUUACGAGGAUUGCUUCAUAUAGACAAUGGAGCUCAAGACUGCUUAUCAGAAGCUAUUGUUUAUAGAAUGCCACAAUCUUUGAGACAGCUAUUUGCAGUCAUCUUAGUCCACUGCUCCCCACCUGAUCCACAAAAGUUGUGGUCACAAUUCCAACCAUUCUUAUUAGAAGACAUUGCAGCAGACUCAUCUUUAUCAAAAGAUCAAAUCAUCACAAAAGCCCUUGCUUCAAUUGAUCACUAUUUGCAGAUAAUGGGAAAAAGCAUAAAGGAGUAUGGCUUCUCAGAUUUUAUUCCAGAUGUUCAAUUCAUCGAUCCUACAAAAGAAAUACAAGCUGAACUUGCAAUACCUGUGUCCAGAGAAGAUUUGACAGCAGUUUCUAUGCUCAAUCCUGGACAACAAUUUGCAUUCGAUAGAAUAAUGCAAAAAGUGAAUACAAAUACAUCAGCUGCAUUCUUCAUUGAUGGCCCUGGUGGCACAGGAAAAUCUUUCCUUUAUAAAGCACUCGCAACAAUUAGAUCAAGAGGCGACAUUGCAUUAGCAACUGCAACAUCAGGAGCAGCUGCAUCAAUACUUCCAGGAGGCCGUACUGCUCAUUCACGCUUCAAAAUUCCUCUCCAUCAUGAAGCUAACAGCACAUGCAAUCUUUCUAAGCAAACUUCAAUUUUUGGUGGAAAAAUCAUUGUUUUCGGUGGAGAUUUCCGGCAAACGCUGCCAGUUGUCAGAAAAGGUCAAAAGGAAGAUUACAUUUCUGCAUCAGUUGUAAAUUCAUAUGUCUGGUCCCAGCUUGAAAAAAUACAGCUAACUCAGAAUAUGAGAGCAUCUUUGGAUCCAACAUUUUCAGAUCUCCUUCUAAACAUUGGAAAUGGCACAGAACCGACCAUUGCAGAUGACAAAAUCAAGCUGCCUUCUCAUAUGAUCAUCCCUUUCAUUAAUGAUCAGGCAUCCUUAGACACCCUCAUCACUGCUGUUUAUCCAUCCUUGUCUAGCUUUUUACCCGGUAAUCUUGCACUCAUUAACAGAGUCAUUCUCAGCACAACAAACGAUAUUGUCCAUGAAGUCAAUCAAAUUUUGAUCCAAAAAUUCCCUGGAGAAGAAGUCAGGUAUAUCAGUUUUGAUCAAACAAUAGACCAAAGCAAACAAGCCGAUCACGGUGACUUCUUAAACACUAUUCACCCUCCAGGAUUGCCCCCACAUGAACUGAUUUUGAAGCGCAAUUGCCCAGUGAUACUCUUAAGAAAUCUGAAUCCUGCUGAAGAUUAUGCAAUGGAACACGUUUGA